AUGGCUUCUCAAGCUCUAUUUUCGAAUUUGAGAGACUCUCUUCAGUAUUCUUCUGUCGUAAGCCAGGAAUUCUUGCCAGUCAGCAAACUGAAUGAUCUCGUCACCAAGGAGGCCGUUCAGAAUGAGCUCCCGAGAGGCCUUAUAAGUAGGUUGUUUUCGGAUAGCCUUCCAAGCAAAAUCUCGAUGACCGCAAGACGAAUUUUUGCAAUCCUUGUGAUGAUCGGAGAGCCCCACGCAAUUCGAAAGCUGGUCGACGAUGGCCUUACCGACGACGAUCUACCGCUUGCUAGGCCAGCUCAUGACAGACACAGUGGUACUUUGGAAUCUAAGCGAAAACUGGAAGUCAGGGCGCUCAAAGACUGGAAAAAUGAAGCCAAGGUUGAUAUGUUUCUGGAAAAGCAGUGGCUCUUCCUUGCUCCAACACUGGAUGUCACAGGGACAUCCACAGUCUUUCAAGUGGAUCCGAAAUGCCCACUGCCAUUCUUGAGGGCAACCGAACUUCGAGGUGAACACAGCAACGUUGUCUUCAAGAGCGAGCUGCAUGCGGCUCACCAAACCGGCUCUGGGGCGCAAAACACGGACAAGGUGAUUGCAGUCAAGAUAUUUCAUAACUCUGAUGGCUUUACCUUGUUCGAUCAGGAAAAGGAGAACCUGCUCAAGACGCAAAGUAUCAAAGACAGACAUCUCAUUCGAUACUUGUUCUUCUGCAAGCGAGACAAGUCUUACUUCAUAGCUUUCCCAUGGGCAGAAGGGGGAAACCUCCAGGAGUUCUGGAUGUUACAUACGUCAAAUAAGGAGUACAUGCUGUGGUCUCUGCAACAGAUGCUUGGAAUCAGUGGUGCCCUUCGGAAGCUGCAUGACAUCAAUUUCCGUCAUGGCGAUCUCAAGCCCGGAAAUAUCCUCCAUUUCCCUAACGGCGGGCUGGGUAAUCUUGUCGUCGCAGAUGUUGGAAUUUCCAAGGUACACAAAGCCGCGACAUACAUGAGAUCUAUGAGUACCCUCACCAGAGCUACUACACCGUCAUACGAGCCACCAGAAGCCAUCAUCAAGACCAACAAGCCCAGACCUCGGAGAUACGACAUUUGGUCAAUGGCAUGCAUAUAUCUCGAAUUCGUCAUCUGGAUGGUCUACGGGGUCAAUGCCGUCAACAGCUUUGCCGAAUCCAGGGAGGAAGGGACGUCAGCUCAGAGAACUUCAAACUUUUACUCGCUUCAGGGAGACAUUGCGGUGAUCCAUCCUGCGGUAAUCGAAGCAUUUGCAGUUCUUCGAAGUGAUCCCCGUUGUGCAGGUGACACAGCGCUAGGAGCCCUGGUCAAUCUAAUCACCAAGCACUUGCUCUUGAUCCAAGUGGAAGAUCGCGUCACCGCAGACACUAUGUACAAAAAGCUUGAAGAAAUCGUCCACCGCGCAACCACGGACCCCUCUUUCAUAAUGAACCAAGCAAUACCUCCCCAAGAAACUCCAGCUAUAUUUGGGCGGCCAGUUGAGAUUCCUCCGGGACUGAGAACUGCCACCAGCUGGUAGCAGCAAGAGACUUGAUGUGGAGGAUAUGUUUUACUGCUUGAGUAUGUUUGACGUAUGACUAGGAUCUUGGACAGAUGACAGUUACAAAGGCACUGUUUUUUCUGCUAUUUCCUUUUUGCUUAUUUCUUGAUUUCUUUUUAUCAACUCGUCGGCGC